AUGGCUUCUAGAUGGUCUCUCAAUGAUCCAGUAUCAAAUCUUGCUAAAUAUAAUGAAGAUGACUAUGAAUUUGAAGAAGACAAUAACUGUAAAUAUGAAGAGAAUAAUUAUUCUGAAGAUUAUAAUAAUUUAGAUAACUAUGAGAAUAUAACACAUAAUUCUAAAGAUACUUUUAUCUCAAAUCAAAGUUUAAAUCUAGCUGUCUCUAGUUAA